GCGCAUGCGCGGUUCGCCAUAUUGCGCAGCUGGGCGUGAGACGGUGCGUCGAAAUCAACGCGGGUACAUUGUUUACUUUCAUCGCUCGCCUCGACUUUUCAGUGGUCUUGUUAAUAAAAAACACAUCUCUGAUUCAACGUAUUUUGCUCAGAUGAAGGACUCUUGAAGUCUCCUGUCGCUUUAAAUCGUUCCAACACGAGUUCAAAUAUCAGUGUCACGCGCUUUAGCCACUGACAAGAUUUACUUCAAAACAUCAAAAAACUCUGAAUAUAACCGGACAAACUCACACAGAGGUCACUAUGUGAAUGGACCUCUCACAGACAGCAGUGUGUCGGUGCUGAAGGGUCCGAACCCAGUGUGACAAGAUAAACCAUCUGUCAGAGGCCAAUCAACAGCUCAGGAUGUCCAUCACAAACACGCCCACCAGCAACGACGCCUGUCUGAGUAUCGUGCACAGUCUGAUGUGUCACAGGCAGGGCGGCGAGAGCGAGACGUUCGCCAAAAGGGCCAUCGAGAGUCUGGUGAAGAAACUGAAGGAGAAGAAAGAUGAGCUGGAUUCUCUCAUCACCGCCAUCACCACAAACGGAGCUCAUCCCAGUAAAUGUGUGACUAUACAGCGUACGCUGGACGGCCGUCUGCAGGUGGCUGGACGUAAAGGUUUUCCACACGUGAUUUACGCACGCUUAUGGCGCUGGCCGGAUCUUCAUAAGAACGAGUUGAAACAAGUCAAGUACUGCCAGUUUGCCUUUGACUUGAAGUGUGACAGUGUCUGUGUGAACCCGUACCAUUAUGAGAGAGUGGUGUCUCCAGGAAUAGACCUGUCGGGACUGACUCUGUCAAGCUCUGGUCCGUCCGGCCUGAUGGUGAAGGAUGAAUAUGACUAUGAAGGUCAGCCAUCUCUCCCCAGCACCGAGGGACACAUGCAGACAAUUCAACAUCCUCCCGUCAGACCUGUGGCCCAAGAGCCCUUCAACACCCCGGUCAUGAUGCCUCCCACAGAGGGCAGCAGUUCAGCCUCCACCUCUGCAUUCUCCAGCAUUGCAGUGGGAUCGACAACUCACCCCACUAGUGUCCUCACAGGAAGACACAGCAGUGAAGGGCUGCUGCAGAUUGCCUUAGGGACUGGGCAGAGUUCACAGCAGAAUGGCUUCCCCCCAGGCCAGACGUCCACGUACCACCACAAUGCAACCUCCACCUGGACGAGGAACAAUAACUUCACCCCGAGUGUGUCGCACCAUCAGAACGGCCAUCUUCAGCAUCAUCCACCCAUGGCCCAUCCGGCACAUUACUGGCCUGUACACAACGACAUAGCAUUUCAGCCGCCCUUAUCCAACCACCCCGCUCCAGAAUACUGGUGCUCCAUUGCUUACUUCGAGAUGGACGUUCAGGUGGGCGAGACGUUUAAAGUUCUCUCUUCCUGUCCAAUCGUUACUGUGGAUGGGUAUGUGGACCCCUCUGGAGGAGAUCGGUUCUGUCUCGGCCAGCUGAGCAACGUCCACAGAACGGAGGCCAUUGAGAGGGCGAGACUGCACAUAGGAAAGGGUGUUCAGCUGGAGUGUAAAGGUGAAGGAGACGUCUGGGUUCGUUGUCUAAGCGAUCACGCCGUCUUCGUCCAGAGCUAUUAUCUAGACCGUGAGGCCGGCCGGGCUCCUGGAGACGCUGUACACAAGAUUUACCCCAGUGCAUACAUCAAGGUGUUUGAUUUACGUCAGUGUCACAGACAGAUGCAGCAGCAGGCGGCUACUGCGCAGGCGGCGGCUGCAGCACAGGCGGCCGCAGUGGCUGGAAAUAUCCCAGGGCCUGGAUCUGUGGGAGGAAUCGCACCUGCCAUCAGUUUGUCUGCGGCUGCCGGUAUCGGUGUGGAUGACCUCCGUCGCCUCUGUAUUCUGCGCAUGAGUUUUGUCAAGGGCUGGGGUCCCGAUUACCCCCGACAGAGCAUCAAAGAAACCCCAUGCUGGAUCGAGAUUCACCUGCACAGGGCGCUGCAGCUGUUGGAUGAGGUUCUCCACACAAUGCCCAUCGCGGACCCCACUCCCUUAGACUGAGACACUGUUCCCACAAUGACAGAUACUGCUGACCUGUGUGACUGAAGCAAUGGAACGAACGCUCGUUCUCCUGCUCUUACAGAUGUCAACAUCACUGAGAUAUGCUCAACAUAACAGGACACCUGGACAGUUGUUGCCUUGUUUCAUUGACACAAUCUCAUUUACUUCUUAUUGAAAAGUUUCAUUUUCUUUUUUGUUUCUCCUGUUUCAUUUCUUCUCAUAUUUUAAUCUGAUCAAGUGAGUGACGUGCUGCAGGUGGUGUUAAUGCAGAUGUUGAAAUAUUAAACCUCGAAAGUGUUUUUGCCUGAAUAUCAAAACACAAUUGCAUUAGAAUCACGGUCUGGUUCACUGUGAAGUCAAAAAUAACAGUGUCAUCAGAUAUCCAUUCAGGCCAUACGUUUCCUUUUGUGGCCAAAACUUUGGAGGUGUGAUGCUCCCGAUUAUUGUGUACCUGAUAAUCAUGUAGCAUUUCCUCUUCUCUGGUGCUGUGUUUCAGUUAAAGUGAUUUACACCCGAGGUGAUUAAUGAAAGACUGCAUGUACAUUAAACAUCUUCUGUCAGAUGAGAUGGAUGAAAUGGGCUAGUUAAGCCAUUUAUAGUUAACCGUGACAGCAAGAAGUAACGGUUAGUCCAGAUUCAUACAUGCACAAGCAAUAAGACCAGCUGGGUUUUAUUGUUCUAAAUGCUUUUUUAAUCUUAGCUGUGUUCUAUUAUAACUUGUUUUAGCACUUUAUUUGUAUUUUGCUUUUUUCCAUCUUCCGUUUCUUUGCUUGCAGCCUGUCAAUAAAAUGUUCUGAGGACCUUUUAACCAAAUUAACACUCUUAUUAAUAAGAGACGGUACUGAGAUGUUAAUCAGUGCUGGUCAACUGGAUUACUGCAAUGUGUUUGUUCUGAUAACAGCAUUGGUUAUAUGGCAUCCUACAAGGGCUUCAUCUCGUUUUCUCAAAGACAUACAGCACUGUUACACCAAGAAUCCAUCAGAUGUUUUUCAUUUCUCUCUGAUGUUUGGAACAGUUAUUCAUCUAGUAAAUGACAUUCAAGUUUU